ACGCAUGGCGUUGACUUGGGAUGAGUUGACUUAUGCGGCCUUUCUUGGGCUCCAAGAGUUCUUGCUUGGAAGCUAAGUAGAAUGGCUGGGAACGAUAAACAAGUUUCUAUCCUUUAAAAAGAAUGAAGGUGAGUGCUUGGUCCCGACUCCCAUUCACUUGAGCGUCGUUCUCAUUUGGAAAAUGCCGAAACAAAAGAACAUGAAGUCCCAAGAAAGCGACUCCGAGGGUGACCAUGGCGGUUUCUGUGCUGUUGAUUGCUCGCGCACACAUGAUUUUCUUGUCGAAAAGGAGAGACAAGGCGAAGCCGUUGAUGAGCGAGCUGAAAGCGCGACCGGCAAAAGAGAGAAUGCCGGCGGAAAGGCCCAUCAGUUUUACUUUGUGAAACAAUAUCCUUUCGAGAACCCGAGCUUGGUCGCGGCUGACAAGAUUGUUCAGCAUCGGUUCGUCAUCGACCAAAAGAGGAAAGAAAAGCUGAUGGAUCGAGACCGACUGUACUCCUUGUUGCGCAGUCUGCGAUACCAUGCCCAACAAUGGGGAAGAGAGGACUUGAAGUUGCUAAAAUUAUCCAUGGACAAGCUAUGCUUCGCGAAUAAGGCGAGCCUCUGUAAAGCCAUCAAACCGGGUUCUUCUGUGGAUGAGAUAGAUAAUCUGAGCUUGCAUUUUGGAAUGCUUCAUGGAGGCAACAGCCUGGCCGACGAAAGGCGGAUCUUAAGAAAGACGGACCAAGCCCAAAGGAAGGCAGAUCCAUGCAUGUCCAAGCAAGAAUUUGAUCAAAAGAUUUGGAGGUUGCGCUACGCGAAGCAAUGGCGGAGACCCGAUUCAGAUGAGGAGAGGAAGAUCAGGGAUGAGAUCAAAGAGCUUGAAUUGGCAAGGGAGAAGGCCAUGACAAGUGCUGCUUGCAAGGGGAAGAUGUGGGAUUCCUUGGGCUCAAAGCAAACCAUAAGAAACCAAGUUCAACUUAUGGAAGAGGGACUAAAUAAAACUAGACAACAGCACUUCGCGUUCAACUCCAAAUUCGCUUCCGUCGAGAAAGAAUUGGCAUCAGUCGAAAACGAAUUGAGUUCUUUGGAGAAGGAACUCAUGUACAUAGAAAUAAUAAAGGGCGACGCGUACAAAUUCAUCCUCGCAUGGAGGAAAGAGCAUCAAGGAGCGAAUGCCUGCUACAACCAAUGCAUUUCGCUCAUGGAAGCUGCAAGAGAACUCGCGGAGAAGAAAGACAUCGAGGCACUUUGCGAUUUGUCUACUCGAGAUGUGGAAAAGUUCAUGCAUCAAUGGAACCGCGACGGGCAUUGGAGGCAGGACUACGAGAGGAGGAUACUAGCUUCUCUGAACCAGCGGGGGCUGACUAGGGACGGUAGGAGGAGGAAUCGUGACGAGGAGCCAAUCGCAAUGGAGGGUUCGUCGAUGACGAAGAUACCCAGAAGGCUCGAGAAAGCGAUGCGAGCGCGGCGAAAGGAAGAUCUUCGAGCAGAAAAACCAGUGUCGAAGUAGAAUCAGACAGUAGCGAUCAAAAUUAGUUCCAAAAUGGUCAAAACCAAACACGAGUUGCGUGAUUUUUACCAAUUUGUAAUCAAAAGCAGUUUGCAACUACGAUCGAAA